CAUACAUCCGGGAUACCGGUUUGACCUCGCACAGACGAUGAUUUCGUAUUACUAUUUGUAAAGUUGGCAACGAAAUGUUGAUGCUCGCUACAAAAAACAAUUUUGAUAGUUAUCAAAUUACAUCGAAAUGAUAUACGCCAAGCUGUGAUAUGGAAUAAAACUGAGAAAAAAUAGGUCGUAGGUUGUGAGGCAAGAUGGCAGGAAGAAAUAUAAGAAUUCCUAGCAGGGGAAGGCAAGCAAAACGACCACAGCCUGCUGUCUACAGUGGUAUAACCUCAACGUUCCAUGAACGCAAUACCGACUUCUUAUGCCCGAUAUGUUUUGAGAUUAUUGAGGAGGCACACAUGACGAAGUGUGGACACAGCUUCUGCUAUCAGUGUAUAAUUAAGGCUCUGGACAUAAACAACAGAUGUCCCAAAUGCAACUUUGUCGUGGACAAAUCUGAUCAGAUCUUUCCCAAUGUGCUAUUAAAUGAACUGAUCCUGAAAGAGAAGCAAAAGCAACAGGAAAAGAGGCUGAAGCUGGAUAUCGCUAAUGGCCCCCCAAAGUCAGAGCUGCAGGAAUUUCUCUCACAAGACUGUGAAUCAUUAGAACUGCAUGACAUCAACUUCAUGCUGGAUGUGCUAGCGCAGAAAAAAAAGCAGAUAGAAGCGGACUGCAAGGAGGCACAGAAUCAGUUACUGAAAGAGUUCCUUCAGGAAGUGCGCAGCCACAAACAACAGCAACUGGAUCAGUUACAACGUGAAAUACGGACGAUAGAUGAUGAUGCAAAGCAAGUUGAGGAGGUUCUGUCCACACAUAGACAGCUGCAUGAUUGCUCAAUGGGAGAGUUGCCGAUCGUCGUGAACGGCGGUGUCGCAUCGGUGGCCACCACCUCCGCGGUCGCCGGCGAUCAAGCCUCUAGUCUUGUCGAGGACGGCUUCAACACGAGUAAGGGCGAGAAGAAUAACUGGCUGAAUUCCACCAUGGCAGCUCGGCGACAGCGAGUUGCUCAACACUUUGAGGAUCUAGAGCAGUGUUACCUCAGCACGAGGCUAAAAGAGUUCCAGCAAGGCGAUCAGACUUCAGCAGAAGGCUUAGAAGAGUUUACGGAUAGUCUUUCAAAGUUUACGCGAUACAGCAGCAUGCGCCCUCUAGCGACACUCAGCUAUGCCAACGACAUCUACAAUGGGUCGAGUAUUGUCUCAAGCAUUGAGUUUGACAGGGACUGUGAUUUCUUUGCCAUAGCAGGUGUGACAAAAAAGAUCAAGGUGUUUGAGUAUGGCAUUGUUAUACGUGACGUUGUUGAUAUGCACUACCCAGUUGUAGAGAUGUUGUGCAAUUCGAAAAUAAGUUGUGUGAGCUGGAGCCCCUACUACAAGAGCACACUUGCCAGCAGUGACUACGAGGGCACAGUUACAAUAUGGGACGCCUCAAUCGGCAGUUCUGUGAAGUCUUUCCAGGAGCACGAAAAGCGAUGUUGGAGUGUGGAUUUCAACAGACAGGACCCUCAGUUGCUUGCAUCGGGAUCCGACGACGCCAAGGUGAAGCUGUGGUCAACGAACAUGGAGCAUUCGGUGACAAGCUUAGAAGCGAAAGCCAACGUGUGUUGUGUGAAAUUCAACCCCAGCAGUCGCUUCCAUUUAGCUUUUGGCUCUGCAGAUCACUGUGUGCACUACUACGACUUGCGAAAUACCAAGCAGCCACUCUGUGUAUUCAAAGGGCACCGGAAAGCCGUCUCUUACGCAAAGUUCGUCAACUCUGAAGAAAUCGUGUCAGCGUCGACCGACAGCCAGCUGAAGCUGUGGAACGUCAGCAAGAGCAACUGCCUGCGAACGUUCCGCGGCCAUUCCAACGAGAAGAACUUUGUCGGCCUAUCGUCGGACGGCGACUACGUAGCGUGCGGAAGCGAGAACAAUUCGCUCUACGUUUACUACAAGGGUCUGUCGAAGCAUCUGCUCACCUUCAAGUUCGACACGGUUCGCAGUGUCCUGGAGAAAGACAAGAAGGAGGAGGAUACAAACGAGUUUGUCAGUGCAGUCUGCUGGCGUGGUGGUUCAAACGUCAUGGUAGCAGCAAACAGUCAGGGAACCAUCAAGGUGCUGGAGCUUGUUUGAUCAGCAGCGCAAACCAUUGUCCAUCCGAUCAUGAUCACGUCUUGUCAGUGCAACCCUAUAGUGCCUAGCUUACACCACCUCACAGUGGUGUACGCUUGACCGGCCUGCCUAUACCGGUGACGAGAGCAAGAGCCUAAAGAGCCUCGGUGGGAUUAGCAGGACGGCAGGACCAAAGAAGCCUUGUCCGUUAGUGCUGGCUGCAUUCCUCGUAGCUCUACAGUAACACAUUGUGGUGGCAUAUGUGUGGUGUCCUUGGUUAACAAGGGCAUUUUUCAAGGACACUUAGGACAUCUUUUCAUUGGCAUCUGUGGUGCAAUCUUAAGUUAACUGUAUAGGAAAUCAAAUUUAUUUUCUACUUCUCUUGUCACUUUCUCGACCUGGUCCGCCUCGCCUUGACUUGUUACUAUUUAGGCUAGAGACGUUACCACGGGAGUUACGGCCCUGCACUGUGCCUGUUUCGUGUUUGUUGUGCAAUGACCGUUAACGUGUUAAUGCAGGCAUAGCUCCACAGAUGUUGCACGAAAAUAAGCAACUUUCCUCUAUUCAUGCAGUUGUGGCAGGAAAUUACCAGGGUGGCAUUUAUUUUUAUUUUGGGGGAUAUAGUUCGAUUGUAGGCACUUAAGCUUUUGUUUAGCACAGGCAUUGCUCAGAUUCUUAUGCCCUUGCAGGUCUACCUUGGAAAGUGAUUUAACAUGCCUUCUUUGUGAUUUGUUCUGAUAAAUGUGAAGUACGAAUAUUUCGUUUUUUAAACAUUACAGGAGGUCAUUGGCUAUGGUCCAAAAUGUGCAGAAUUUUUCGUAAACUUCACUUUUGAUAGAGGAAUGAGUACAGACUUAAAUUUGUUAAUGUUCCUGGUAGGGCAAGUGAGUUUUUUACGUCAUGUAACGUGAUCGGAGACGUGUGCAGGAGUUACUCAGAGCUUAAAAAUACAAAGCGUUAGCUAAUAUAGUAGUUGCAACAGUUGUGAGAGUUGUAUGCAUUAAAAUACCGUUUUCCAUGUGCUGGGUUUGUGAAUUAAUUUUUGUAAAUUGGAUAUUACUCGAUCGUUAAUGUACGAAUAUAUUUCUGUAAAUAUGAAGCGAAGAGUAGAGUGCAAUCUAUUUACGCUCGGCGUGACAUUUCCUAAUAACCUACCCUCGAGUACUAAUUAAAGCGUAUAUAUUUUAACUGCCGGGAAGUCGGCAGAAAGGUUGUGAUCGGUGGUACGUGUGGUCUCUGCCCUGCCAGCUCGCUACUGCAACGCCACCUGCAGUGCCUGCUUGGGACUGCAGCACUCGUUGCCACUCGAUUCUAUAGUUGUGAGUGCUAACUUGGUGUUGAUUUCAACGGUGACGUCAUCUGACGCUGUCGCUAAGAUGUGCAUCGCCUGUCGUUCAGUACGAAGUUGCGCCGUGAAUGACCAGAGCUCACCUUUUUGGCUGGGCAAGGUGACCAUGCCCGCUUAAAUAUUGUUGCUAGUUCGUUUAGCUUAGCUCUACAAGUGUAGCUCUAUCGCUCCCGCCACAGGGUAAGCCUGUAGCGGGAGCGAAGGAGCUGCACUUGGAGAGUUCGGUGCAGCUUGACUAGUUUCUACUUGUUGUACACGUGUACACGCCAAAAUAAUGUCGUCUGAGAAACGUCAUUUGUCUUUUAUAACGUCUCGCGACAACAGUUAUUGGCAGGAGCUGCCUGCAUGUCACUCAUGCCAGGCGGAUGAGUCAGGUGAAGCGAGCGCAUCGGUGAUUGUCGUUGUGCACUAUAUAGGCAAUUUUCUGCGAAAACCCGCGCGUGCUUCAGAACAGAACAGACGCAAUGCUGAGGUUCGAUCGUAGUUCCAAGCUUUCACGCUCGGUAUGCAGCGACAGCGCUGUUCUUGAUGGUGAGGGAGCGUUCUCUGUUAGUGAAGGAAGCUGCACACGCGGUAUGUGCAUCACUGUUAUUGAAGUCAGCGGUGUAUGGUCUGCCUUCAGUUUUUGUUAUGCGUGUAUAGGAAAUAAAAUAUGUUGCCGAAAUCUCUAAGUA